AUGAACUGUAGUAAGGAUUGCCUGGAUUGUCGGGAGAACGUGGAGAGCCUGGAGGAUCGGAAUAAGCUGGAGAGCCUGGGCUGUGUAAAUAAGCUGGAGAGCGUGGAGUAUCGGGAUGAGCUGGAGAGCCUGGAGUGUGGGAAGAACCUGGAGGUAAGGAUUGCUGCCAAGUGCUUCUGCAACUCUAGCCAUUAUAACCUCCCUGGGCGAAACUAUUAA